UUUCCCAUCUUAAAAACAGCGCAAUCACCAAUAUGCGCAAAUUGGCUCUACAUAAAAAUUCGUUCCAAGCAUCACGGUCAAACAUAAUUCACUCUAACUAUCAGAAACAAUCUGGCCUUACGCAUCAAACCAUCAUAUAUAGUCAUUUUGGAUGAACUUUUAAACAGAACUUUUAAAAAUAAGCUUCCUAUGUUACAAGACACAACAGGUGCGAUAUACAGUAUAGACUAUAUCUGUGUGCUGUGCGGGCUGUUGUAAAUUGGACAUGAACAUUGGUUUUGAUAAGAGUGCGAGAGAAUAACAGGAUUUAUAGUGGCUGAAGUAGAGCUCCAUUUCAUCCUUACUGUUAAUGUUUUUUGUGGAUUUUAUUUCAAAUGCUUAAGAUUUUAUUGAAAGAAGCGUGCUUUAUUUCAAAAACGUUAAUUGUAAUUUUCGUAUCUCUGUGAAACCCAUGGAAAGAGAAACGCACACAGUGCUUAAAAUGUAAUUGUUAAAUCCCCGCAGGAAACUAAAAAGCGACUAGCAGUUCUGAUAUAUCCUAACAUCAAUCCUUGUACGUUUACCUCUCUAGGUUCUACAACGUGGUCAAAUACCAGUCAACAGACCAGUCCAAAAGAUGUCGUUUUGGUACAUAGGAUGGAUUUGACAGAGGGCUGAAGUUACCUCACUCCCAGCGUGCCAUUUGGAACUGGUGUUCAGACUGGAAACUGUGCAGGCUUUGUAUGUAUCGCCUUCCAAUGCAGGUUUAUAGUUCCGUAGCCGCCCAACUUCCCUGGUAACCGAAGUUUUGCAGAUCUAUCACUUCAACCUGUGCCGGCAGCCAGUUAUCAGUAGCUUAACAUUUUCGGAUUACGACAAUCGAUACCAAAUAGCAAUCCAAUUGUUCACUCGGUUCAAACCAUGUUUAAAAAUAAUGAUACCAUUAAAAUACUUGGCUGAACCGACUGAUUGUAGGGAGGUGAUGCUGAAGUUUGCAUCUCUUAAGUCCACAGCGAAUUUCGCCAAGGCGGUUGAGUUGGCCGCUUGAACAGAUUCAACAAGCCGGCGAGAUCAACCCUUCAGGCGCGGUGCAGUUUCGCCGGCUCUUAGUUACAUACAACAUAUAUUUUUUAAAAAACACUUCGAUUAAUUAUUUAUGCAGAUAUUUUAAACAUUGAUUUCCCCCCACUCCGUGCCUUUGAGUAGUUGUGGUGUUAAAAAAAAACCCCUCUUCGAUUGAUCUGUGUCCGCCUACGGUUGACUGUUUGCUCGUGUCAGAAAUGCAGGCGCUCAGUGAAAACACAUCGUCACCUCUGGCAUGUCGUCACCUAUGGAACCGGCGCAGAGAUGUCCAGAGCUGCCUAGGGUGAAUAGACCCCAGCACAGCGACUUCACCAUGCGCCCAGUUCUUACCAGGAUCAAACAUGUUUGAAAUGAGGAAGCUGCAGAUGUCUAUACAGUCCUAGGCGGUGAUGAAGACCCGCUCUUAACAUUGUAGGGACCCGGGAUGGAAGGAUCCAGCGGCUCUAGUUUUGGAAUAGACACUAUAUUGUCCAACGGUUCCAGUAGCCCGGUGCUGGGGAACAGUGAUUUCCCUCACGGUGACAGCAGGACUUCGGAUUUCCGAAACCAAAAUUCGCCGUCCCCGGGCUCAGAGAUCGACACAGUGGGCACGAUCCCCCUCUCGCCGAUUUCCAUGGAGCAAACAGAGGUGCAUCUCAGCGCCGAGAGCCAGCGCCAUCAGCAGCACCAGCACCAGCAGCAGCAAAGUUUACAGCCGCCUCCUCCUCCUCCUCCUCCUCCACCGCAGCAGCCACAGCAACUGGCAGGAGGCAGCUCUGUCCCCAGGACUUCCACAUCUUCUUUCUUAAUUAAAGACAUUCUGGGAGACAGCAAACCGCUGGCAGCCUGCGCCCCUUACAGCACCAGCGUCUGUUCGCCCCACACUCCCAAACCAGAGGCUGAGCCUUUCAGGCAAAAGACGGAACCCGAAGAGGGUAAAAACCGGGACAAGCGAGAUGACGGUCAAAGCGACAGCCUCAAAUGCAACGGAACAAAAGAGGAAGGCGACCGAGAAAUAACGAGUAGCCGGGAAAGUCCGCCCGUGCGGGCGAAGAAGCCGAGGAAAGCGCGGACUGCCUUCUCGGAUCACCAGCUCAAUCAGUUAGAGCGCAGCUUCGAGCGGCAGAAGUACCUGAGCGUGCAGGACCGCAUGGAUUUGGCAGCGGCUCUGAACCUGACAGACACCCAGGUCAAAACCUGGUACCAGAACAGGAGGUACGUAAGACGUCCUGCUCCCUGUGAUACCCCAGCCCUACAAUCUGUGUACACAGCAGCUCCUCGGCGCCCCGCGCGCACUGGCAGCGACUGUGUAUUCUAUCAACUUAUUGCAUGUACAGAUGGCCCAUAUUCUCAACGCUGUAGAAGGAUUUUCACCCAUAAACACUGUGUACUGGGACACCAGUGCUGACCACUGGCAACUCGAGGACUACAUGGUUACGAUUCAGUGCAAAACAAACUACAUAGAUACUAGAAACCAGCGUUAGUACUAGCUAGCACCAAACACGCACACAAACACUCCCGAAGCAAUUUCUUUGUCGCAAUCAGAACGGUUAUAAUGGUCGUCUAUAAAACAAACACAAGAGGCCGUGAACAACGCAAACAUUUUUCAGAGGCUUCCCGUCUAUUUCAAGCCUUGCAAUUCCCAUCCAACGCCGCCGUUGAUAACAGAGUCAAAUUUUACUCUUAAAUCCAUUAAAUUAAGAUUGGCUCCUUUUAUUAUUUUUAGUUAGUGGCGCGUUAGCAUUUUCUAUUAUACCUUGAAAGGCAUUCACCUCGAAUUGACCAGCCCAGCAAUAUUUUUGCGAGUGAUGGGUUAUUUUCAGAUUUUGGUUGCUGCUUUUCGAAAAGAGCGAAUAGUUUUAUUUAAAGUGUGUUUAAAUUGAAUUUUCGAUACCUAGCGCUCGGCAAUGCCGCCGAGAAGCAAUGCCGGUGUUUCUAGCCCAGACAGUGAUGUUUUAACUAAAGCACAGAAGAGGCAAAUCCCAAAGACCUUUAUCCUUCUUUGCCCAUCGGGAUAGACACGAAAUGUUGCAUUCACCACGGAGUUUGGAAAAUGGGGCCGCAGUUUAC